UGGAGACAAGUGAAUCUUAUGAAUACUGUUAUCAUUAGUAUAUUCAACUAUUAUUGUCAUUGUCUCGGAUUCAGCUCUGCAGAGUAAGGCCGACCAAAAUGGACUUUUUCUUUGAGGACCUACCUUCCACCUCUGUGUCCACUCCAAAAAAAGGGCAUGAAGACACUACAAUGUCAGAGGACACAGAUAAUGAUUCAUCGAGACAAAAUUCUUCUGGCACAGUCGUGAUCGACGUUAAAGAGCAACACAGCAGCUCAAGCAUUGAUGACAUCAGCAGAAGAACCCAGGAAAUGGUGGAAAAAAUAAACCACAGCCGCACCAGUGACCAGAAAGUGAUGGAUAGCUUUCAGGAGAAGAUAAUAGAGAAGGUGACAGAGAUGUGCCAGCAGAUGAAGGAGCAAAUGUACACGGUGUAUGAGAAGAACAGCAAUGAGAUGCAGCUGAAACUGCAGGAGCUGUCUGAGGUGCUGGAGAGCUGCUCCAAACUAAACCAGGAGCUCCUGGAGGCCAGUCAGGCCCUGGCGGGUCUCAGGGAGGGUAUAGGCAGCAGUCAGCAAUCAGAGCUCUGAUAAACGACUCUAAUGUGAAAGGCUCCAAGAGUCGGCCUUUUGUUUUAUGAUUGAAUGUAAAGAAGUAAAUAUUUAAUGAUAGGUUUUAUGAGUAAAUGUCGACAUUUCUCCAAUUUUUGUUUUUUUGUUCUUUCUCUGUGACCACACCCUUGACCCUUUAGUUUAGUUUAAUUGCUUAUGACUAAAACAAUAAAACAAAGCUGAAUUCAUGUUUUUAAGUUCAGUUCAGCAUGUGUUAUCUUAAU